AUAUUUUUAUCCAUAAAUAUAUAAACCAGAUUUUCUUCUGUUGUGCUUGUGCAUACAACACGAAACAAUGUCAAAUUCCCCGAAAGCCAGGAUAGUAUGCUGCAUAGGUGACACCCAUGGCUACAUCACGAAGCUCCAAAAUCUGUGGUCCAAUCUCGAAACCCAGAUCGACCCAUCACAAUUCCAAACCGCCACCAUCAUCUUCUUGGGCGAUUACUGCGACAGAGGCACUAACACACGCCAAGUCAUCGAUUUCCUCAUCGCCUUGCCAUCCCGCUACCCUCAUCAGAACCAUGUCUUCCUCUCCGGCAACCACGACCUCGCCUUCGCCGCCUUCCUCCGCCUCCUUCCGCCGCCUCCUGACGGCUCCGAGUUUUCCGAUGGGUGGAAGGAGUACGAGGCGAGCGAGGAGAGAGAAGGGUGGUUCAAGGGUGAUGGGUAUGAGAAUAUGCACCUUCAAGGGAGAAGGUGGGGUGGUACCAUCAAGGUUAAGUUUAACACUGCUAAAGGCACAGAGUAUCAGGGUUCCAUUUAUGACGCUGGACCCACCUUUGAGUCCUAUGGUGUUCCUCAUGGUUCUGCUGAUUUGGUUAAGGCAGUUCCUGAUGAGCACAAGAAGUUUCUUGCUGAUUUGGUUUGGGUCCAUGAAGAGGACGAUGUCUUUGUGAACACUGAUGGUGGUGUUAAAUGCUGCAAGUUGAUUGCUGUUCAUGCUGGUUUGGAGAAAGAAGUAGAUGUUAAAGAACAAUUAAAAUUGUUGAAAGCUCGAGAUACUCGGGUGACUAAGGUGGAGGCUCUAAGUGGGAGAAAGAAUGUUUGGGAUAUUCCAGAGGAACUAAGGGCAAGUCCGACCAUCAUUGUUAGUGGUCACCAUGGAAAACUCCAUGUAGAAGGCUUAAGGAUGAUCAUUGAUGAAGGUGGUGGAUAUGAACAUAAGCCAGUUGCUGCAAUUGUCCUUCCUUCAAUGAAGAUUAUUCGUGAUACAGAUGUAUUGGCAAAAUAGUUUCAUAUUUGUUAUAGUUUUGUCAGUAUACAGUUUAGCCUAAGCUAUUAAGCUUUAGGUCUCAUGAGCUUAUAGAGAUAAGAAAAUAUUUGUUGUUGUUGAUCUGAAACACGAGAGCCACUGAGAUGGUUUGUCCUCUUACUCUGAUUGUCAA